UUUUGUUUAAAGUUUUUUUUUAAUUUUGGAUUUCUUGUCAGGUUAAAGGCGAAAUAAGUUGUAAUUAUGGCUUAUAAACUUAGUGGCGUACUCAGGGGGCACGAAAUGGACGUUAGAGGUGUCUGUAGAAGCGUUUUUCCUGCAGGUGGUCUGAUUUCUGUGUCAAGAGAUAGAUCAGUGAGGGUGUGGAAAAAGGACGAGAUAUCAAAUGAGUUUAUUGAAGGACAGUGUUUCUCAGGGCAUCAAGGAUUUGUAGCAGCUGUAUGCACCAUGCCUGAAAGUGAUAAACACCCACAUGGAUUAAUUGUUACUGGUGGACAUGAUAAUCUUAUUCUCGUAUGGAAUAUAGAAUCAUUAGAGCCUAUACAAACUCUCUCAGGCCACAAUGGUGCAGUUUGCGCUCUGGUUGGUGGAAAUUUUGGUACCAUACUUUCUGGAUCUUGGGACAAAACAGCUAAAGUGUGGUUGAAUGCAAAAUGUGUAAUGACAUUGAAAGGUCACGAGCAAGCCGUUUGGUCUGUAGCCUUGAUUUCUGAACAAGGCACAAUGUUAACAGCUUCUGCAGAUAAAACCAUAAAAAUGUGGAAAGCUGGAUCAUGUAUAAAGACCUUCACCGGACAUACAGAUUGUGUUCGGAGUGUAGCAGUACUCACUCCAACUGAGUUCAUCUCUAGUUCUAAUGAUAACACAAUUAGACAGUGGAGUACGAGUGGUGAAUGUUUACAGAUUUUUGAAGGUCACACAAACUUUGUGUACAGUCUAGCUGUAUUGCCAAACGAGAAAGAAAGUUUCGUCUCAGGUUCCGAAGACAGAACUGUCAGAAUAUGGAAAGGAGGUGAAUGUGUUCAGGCAAUAACACUACCGGCGCAAUCAGUUUGGUGUUCAACGUGUUUGGAUAAUGGUGACAUCGCUGUUGGCUCAAGUGAUGGUGCUAUCCGAAUAUUCACGUCAGAUUCUGAGCGGGUGGCUUCUGAAGAUGUGUUAAAGCAAUUCCAAGAAGAAGUCUCGAGUCACGCUAUUCCAGCUCAGGUUUCAAGUGAUGGCAAACUUGGUGAUAUCAAAAUCGCAGAUCUUCCUGGACCAGAAGCUCUGCUAAGGCCAGGGAAAUCAAGCGGGCAAAAUCUACUUGUCAAACGAGGAGGUACCAUUGAGGUGUACCAGUGGAACGAUGCUGAAGGGAAAUGGGAUAAGGUUGGUGAGGUGGUAGGUGCUGGUGGUGGUUCUGAUGAAGCAUCACAAAACUCAGGAAAGAAAACGUUUGAAGGGAAGCAAUAUGAUUUUGUUUUUGAUGUUGAUAUACAAGAGGGAAAGCCGACGUUGAAGUUACCCUAUAACUUAACUGACGAUCCUUGGUUUGCAGCUCAGCAGUUUCUGGAGAAGAAUGAACUUAGUCAAAUGUUUCUAGAUCAAGUAGCUCAUUUCAUCAUCAAUAAAACCAAGUCUUUCACAAUCGGUCCGCAAACCAACCAAUCUUCAAAUGCGGAUCCGUUUACCGGCGGUUCUCGUUACAUUCCCGGAGCGUCGGUAUCAAAUGAAACAUCAGAUGUUGGAAGAGCUGGUGCUGACCCGUUCACUGGGCAAGGAAGUUACCGGCCAAGUUACGCUGCACCUAUGACUGUUGAGGAAACAGUCACCGCCGCAAAAGAAAGUAAAACACAUCACGCUUCAUACUUCCCAGAGAAAACAUAUCUGAGUUUUGAUCAAGUCAAAGUUGAUGGUCUCAUGGGACGAUUGAAUGAAUUCAAUAAUAAGAUUGAUGAGGAUGAGAAACUAUCCAAUGAAGAUAUAGCGGAAAUCAAAAAUGUCUUAUCGUUAGCGGUAGACAAGUCAAAAACUGCCAGUCCUUUAUCGCAUAAACAAGUGGAGAUCUUAACUAAAUUAAUUCGAUGGCCUACAGAUAUAUGUUAUCCAGGUCUUGAUAUUUUAAGAGUGUUAAUUCGAAGCUACGAAACGUCACAACAUUUUGUCAACAAUGGGGAUGAAUUAACUCAAUAUUUAUUAAAAGUAAUUAGUUCUGAGAAGACAAAGAACCAUGACAUAACUACAGGCAUAGUUUUUAGAAUAUUUUCGAACUUAUUUCUCCAUGAGAAUGGAAGAACUGUCAUGUCUAAACAAGGAGAAGAGAUUCGACAGUGUAUCAGUGACAACUGCAGGAACCCAAAUAAGCUUAUACAGAUUGCUUUAUGUACUGUUCUAAUCAAUUAUGCAGUAGCAUUUGCCAAGAAAAGCGACCUCGAAGUGAAGGCUCCAUGGAUCAACACAGUGAGAGGGGUCAUGAACAAUUUAGUGGAAAACGAAGCGAAAUUUCGUGCAAUGGUGGCCUUGGGAACCUUAAUCUGGGGAGAUGAGGAGAGUCUUUCGUACGCAAAAACCUUGGACUUUUUAAAUAUAGUAAAUCCGUUAACGUCCAUAUCUAGCCCUGCAAAGAUUGGGGAAUGUGCCUCACAACUUAAAGAAGCUCUCAGGUGACAUUAAAAUUCCCCAUGAGUGAUGAAUAUCACAUGAACUCAAAUAAGAGUAUUUAGUCACAUUCAUAAACAUUAGCAUGCAAAGAAAAUGUUUAAAUGAAAUCCCUUGGACAAAGCAUACUCAGUGAAUUUUAUACUUAUUUAGUAAAAACG